CUCUUUCUGUCCUCACUUCCUUUCCGGAGUGCAAGCUAAAAAGUGUCCUUUAACGUUGUAGUUGCUGCUAUACGUAACAUUGAUAUUGUCGUCAAGUAACAAAGGGUUUUGUAGUUUCAAAAGAAACGGAUUUGGGAUCUGUGAAGUGUCUACAUGGCAGUGAGAAGGGGACACAUUAGAUACUUGAAAGAAGUUUAUGACAUGUCCAACGGUUAUGAAGAUCACAUGGCAGACGAGCUGAAAGAUGCAAAAACAAACCUGAUCGUCAAUUACCUUCCUCAAAACAUGACACAAGAUGAGCUCCGCAGCCUGUUCAGCAGCAUCGGUGAGGUGGAAUCAGCAAAGCUUAUCCGCGAUAAAGUGGCAGGACACAGUUUAGGGUACGGAUUUGUUAACUAUGUUAACCCUAGUGAUGCAGAAAGGGCAAUCAGUACACUCAAUGGGCUGAGACUACAGUCUAAAACUAUCAAGGUGUCCUAUGCCAGGCCAAGUUCGGAAAUGAUAAAGGAUGCAAACCUGUACAUUAGUGGGCUGCCCAAGACCAUGACCCAGAAAGAUGUUGAGGACAUGUUUGCACGUUAUGGUCGCAUUAUUAACUCCCGUGUUCUUGUUGAUCAGGCUUCAGGGCUAUCUCGGGGGGUUGCGUUUAUCCGCUUCGACAAGAGAGCAGAGGCGGAGGAUGCCAUCAAAGAUCUAAAUGGUCAGAAGCCGCCCGGGGCCACUGAACCGAUCACUGUUAAGUUUGCUGCCAAUCCGAACCAGGCAAAAAACUCUCAGCUUCUGUCUCAGCUCUACCAUUCGCAAUCUCGUCGUUUUGGGGGCCCUGUGCAUCACCAAGCACAGAGGUUCAGGUUCUCUCCUAUGAGUGUGGACCAUGUGAGUGGACUCUCAGGAGUCAAUAUAUCAGGUAACUCUUCGUCAGGCUGGUGCAUUUUCAUCUACAACCUCGGACAAGAUGCUGAUGAAGGCAUACUGUGGCAGAUGUUUGGCCCCUUUGGGGCUGUUACCAAUGUCAAAGUCAUUCGAGACUUUAAUACCAAUAAAUGUAAAGGGUUUGGCUUUGUAACCAUGACUAACUAUGAGGAAGCAGCCAUGGCAAUUGCCAGCCUCAAUGGGUAUCGCCUAGGCGACAAGAUCUUACAGGUGUCAUUCAAAACCAGCAAGUCUCAUAAGUAGAUACUCUACAAAGUCAACGCUGCAAACUCAGUAGUUUCAAAUCCAUUUUAUGCCAGUUUGCAUUUGUCCUAAUUAUAUUUUUGUAUCAUAUUUUGGGAUGGAAAGCUUUUUUGAGUCUAUUAAAUGACCAAUUCAAUAAGAAAAUUGUGAUGUAGUAAUUUCAGUUUGUCAUAUGCAUGGUAAAAAAGCAUGCCUAGUCUUUAAGCAUUUUCUUUAAUCAAGUUUAAGAUACUGCCUAUUUUACAUAGUAAAAUGUAUGAGGAUACAAUGCCUUAAUUUCAGAUUUACUCAUUUCACUUAUCACUGUUAGUUUGAAAAAUAAUAUAUUUGUUAUUUCUACCCAAACCCCUUAAAAUGAUGAUGAGCAUAAGUCAGGGUGUUUUUUUUUAUUUUUUAUAAAGACAUGGCAUGCUUAAUGCGUUGAUAUGUUGAAGUGGUUCUGUAAUGGAUAUUGGGUGUUUUUCUUUGAGACCCUUUGAGUUCACCUUAUUAAGAGGGACCAAAGAGAAUGAAAGAAGGGUUUUUUUUAUUUUUUAACAUCUCCCCCACCCUUCAAGCUUCUCAUGCCAUAUGGCAUUGGAUGUUAAGGCUAAAUAUAUAAUGUAUUGAUUGAAUGUGUACUUAAACAUCCAUAUUUUCUUGAACCUGUUCUUUCUGGUUUCAUUGUAUUUUGUUUUCAAUAAAGAUUUGUGUUGAUGACUUUAAAAUACCUAUUUAAGACUAAUUCUAAGCGUUUGUAAUCUGCCUUUCAAUAUUGACUUCAUUUUUUUAACAAACCAUUUUGUUUUGUCAACUUUUGCAUCAUUUGUAAACAUUAAAUCUGAUUUUUGUUUUCUUGAAGUUUUAAAUUUUAUUUAAUGGAAUGUUUUUUUCUUUCCUGUUUCUGUAUUGUAUGGUAUUUAAUUAUUUUGCAUCUGUUCACAUUCCUUUUGUGUAACUGACUGUUGAUCCAAAUGGUUCUCUUAAUAUAUUGCAAAAUAAGCUGGUUAAUUUCACAUCCUCACUGCAGGUGACCCUCAACUUAUUUCUUAAAACAUUUAUUAAUUGGCUUUUAAUUAAGUCUUCUCAUUGCUUAUCACUCAGAAUGAAAAUUGAAGUUCUCUGGUUGAUGAAUUGUAAUUAAUUAGCUUGAUCUGCAUUUCAGAAAUUUUGUUUUAGACAAACAUGUAUAUCUGCUACAGCUAACAUUUCUAAUAUACUUAAUGGUGUUAGACUACCUAACAAAGUAGUAUUAUCUUAUAUCAUCAAUUGAAAAUUAAAACCUACUACUUUCA